UGCGCAGAGUUUCCUGACUGGGAGGCUGCUUCUGACAAGGAGUCCGGCGGCACCAGAGGGCGGAAAACCGGACACUGUCUAAUAGGUUCUUCAUCACAUCCCAAAAUGGUAAAGCCAGACAUUCACACUCUGGCGCAUCACCUGAAACAGGAGCGGCUCUAUGUGAACGCUGAAAAGCAGCUUAUUCAGAGGCUAAACGCAGACGUUCUGAAAACUGCAGAGCGCCUCUAUCGUACCUCCUGGAUUUCAAAGCAGCAAAGGAUAAACCUCGACAGGCUCAUUCUCACAAGUGUUGAAGCCUCCCCUGCCGAGUGCUGCCAACAUGCUAAGGUGCUGGAGGACACGCAGUUUGUAGAUGGCUACAAGCAGUUAGGAUUCCAGGAGACCUCGUAUGGAGAGUUCCUGAACCGUCUACGUGAAAACCCACGUCUUAUUGCCUCAUGUCUUGUGGCCGGGGAAAAGCUGAACCAGGAGAACGCUCAAAGUGUCAUUCAUACAGUCUUCACCUCGUUAUAUGGGAACUGUAUCAUGCAGGAGGAUGAGAGCUACCUGCUGCAAGUUUUAAGGUACUUGAUCGAGUUUGAGCUGAAGGAGAGCGAUAACCCACGCCGACUCCUCCGCAAGGGAACAUGCGCCUUCAGCAUUAUCUUCAAGCUUUUCUCUGAAGGACUUUUUUCCGCCAAGCUGUUCCUAACUGCCACUUUACAUGAACCCAUCAUGCAGCUGUUGGUGGAAGAUGAGGACCAUCUAGAGACCGACCCCAGCAAGCUAACGGAGCGCUUCACCCCAGCCCAGCAAGAGAAGCUGUUUGGAGAGAAGGGCAGUGAGCAAUUCAGGCAGAAAGUACAGGAGAUGGUUGAUUCCAAUGAAGCUAAGCUUGUUACUUUAGUGAACAAGUUUAUCGGCUACCUGAAACAAAACACUUAUUGCUUCCCACACAGCCUGCGGUGGAUUUUAUCCCAAAUGUACAAAACCCUGUCCUGUGUCGAAGGACUGGAGGUGGGCGAGGUCAGGUCUAUGUGCACUGACCUGCUCCUGACUUGUUUUAUUUGCCCAGCAAUUGUUAAUCCUGAGCAAUAUGGGAUCAUCUCAGAUGCUCCCAUCAACGAGGUAGCUCGGUUCAACCUGAUACAGGUUGGUCGUCUUUUGCAGCAGUUGGCACUGACUGGGUUUGAGGAGGCAGAUUCACGUGGCAAGAGCAACCUCAGCAAAUUUGACAAAGGGUGUGUGGCUGCCUUCCUUGAUGUGGUCACAGGAGGACGUGCUGUUGAAACUCCACCUUUGUCUUCUGUAAACCUUCUGGAGGGGUUAAGCCGGACAGUUGUAUAUAUGACUUACAGCCAACUUUUCAGUCUGCUUGGCUUCUUGCGCAGUGUCAUCUCUAGUGACCAACUGCGAGAAGAAGAUAGGAUGGCGCUGGAGAAUCUCCUGGCCACAGUGCCCCAGACCAAGACGGGCAAGUGCAGCAACUAUGAGUUAACUCCGUACAGCACCCCACAGCACUCUCCCGCUACCACACCAGCUUGCAGGAAGAACCGCCUGCCUAUUGGGCAGCAGCUGGCAGCCAUGACUGUUUGGGACUCGUCCACCUCGAAUCUCACAGCCCAUAUAAACCUGGUGACCCCGUUUGUCACACGAAGCCGAAGCAAAACCAGCCUCGCUGAACCAGAUCAUGACGGAUCGUCACAGGAAGUGACCCCACAAGGGCAGCCCGAAGAGGUUCUGGUCAUCUCCCUUGGUACAGGACCACAACUCACACCAGGAAUGAUGUCUGAGAAUGAGGUCCUGAACAUGCAACUAAGAGAUGGCGGGCAGGCAGAUGUGCCAGUGGAUGACACCAAGCUUCAAGGAAAGCCAGAUAAGACCCUGCGCUUCUCUCUCUGCAGUGACAACUUGGAGGGUAUAUCAGAAGAAGAGGAAAAUCCGUGUUCAACAGGUCCCUCAAACCGUUCCAACUCUGUGUCCUCGCUGGACCUGGAAGGAGAGUCUGUAUCUGAGCUCGGAGCCGGGCAAACUGGAAGUAAUGGCGUGGAAGCUCUGCAGCUUCUGGAACACGAACAAGCUACCACACAAGAUAACCUUGAUGACAAAUUGCGCAAAUUUGAAAUCCGGGACAUGAUGGGACUGACGGAGGAUAGAGAUAUUUCGGAGACUGUAAGUGAGACCUGGAGUACGGAUGUGUUGGGCAGCGACUUUGAUCCAAACAUCGAUGAAGACCGUAUGCAAGAAAUAGCAGGUACCGCUGCUGAGAACAUGUUAGGCAGCCUCUUGUGCCUACCAGGUUCUGGCCCUUUGCUGCUGGAUCCCUGCACUGGAUCCACUAUAUCUGAGACCACUAGUGAGGCAUGGAGUGUGGAGGUGUUGCCUAGUGACUCGGAAGCUCAAGAUCUGAAGCAGGAAGAGCGGCUGCAGGAGCUGGAAAGCUGUUCGGGGGUGGGUAGCACGUCUGAUGACACUGAGGUUCGAGAAGUCAGCUCCCGGCCUAGCACCCCAGGACUGAGUGUAGUAUCAGGAGUCAGUGCUACAUCUGAGGACAUCCCCAACAAGAUCGAGGAUCUACGAUCUGAGUGCAGCUCGGACUUUGGGGGAAAGGAUUCAGUAACCAGUCCUGAAGGCGAGGAGUCGGUUCAUGGUACUCAUCAUAUCACUUCUCCUCCAACCCAGACUGAAUCCCUGCUGGCCAUGUUCGAUCCUUUAGCCCCAGCAUCCAGCGAAGUACUGAAAUAUCAUCUACACUAUGAUCCCAUGUGUUCAGGGACAGCUGAGCAUGUUCAGGCUUCAACAGCAACAAGGAUGCAGGCUCAGAUGCAGGGAGUGGUACGUCCUAAAGUGCACUAUGCCAGGCCCUCGCAUCCACCGCCUGAUCCACCUAUAAUGGAGGGGACGUGUGCAGGGAAUGAGGCACGGUUACCCACAUUUGGUUCUCACAUCUUAAUUCCCACUGAUUCUGAAGCAUAUAGGCAGAGGCACUCGUGCCCAGAUAGGUUGGUGCGCAGCCGUAGCUCCGAAGUUGCCUCAUCAGUAAGGCGGCCGAUGAGCGACCCAGGCUGGGUCCGUAGAGGAGGGAAUGAGGAGCGGGAGCUGCCUCCAGGUUCCGCUAUGUUAGUAGCUUCCACGCUUAUCAAUGCAUCGCAGUCUUCAUCCUCAUCCCCCAGCAAGGACUCUUCUAGGGGAGAGCCAGAAGAAAGGAAAGACAGCGACGAUGAGCGAUCAGACCGGAACAGGCCGUGGUGGAGGAAGCGGUUUGUGUCUGCGAUGCCAAAAGCUCCCAUCCAGUUCAGGAAAAAAGAGAAGCCAGAUAAAGACAAGGAUGACUUUGGAACAGACAGAUUCACUCUUCAGGAUGAUGCAGUCACGAGACUCAGCUCCCAAUCUCAGGCAGCAGAGGACAUCCUGGAUAAAUACAGGAACGCCAUGAAAAGGACAAGUCCCAGCGACGGAGCUUCUGUGCCGUAUGACGGAGCAGAUGUUGUUGAUGGAGAGAGCGUCCAUGAUUCUCAACGUGAUGAAACGCUACAAAACAUGACAUCAGAUGAUGUCCCAGACUCUGCCAGCCAAGCAGCCCACCCCCAGGAAUCCCCUUUCUCUUAUAGGGAUGCUAAGAAGAAGUUACGCAUGGCUCUGUGCUCUGCCGAUUCUGUUGCCUUCCCAAUGGUGUCCCACUCCACGCGGAACGGGCUGCCUGACCACUCGGACCCAGACGACAAUGAGAUUGUGUGUUUCCUGAAAGUACAGCUGGCAGAGGCCAUAAACCUCCAGGACAAAAAUUUGAUGGCGCAGAUCCAGGAAACCAUGCGCUGUGUGAGCCGCUUCGACAGUCGCACCUGCAGCAAACUCCUGGCGUCUAUAGCAGAGGAUUACAGAAAAAGAGCUUCGUACAUUGCUUAUCUGACCAGAUGUCGGCAAGGUCUUCAGACAACCCAGGCGCACCUCGAACGGCUACUACAGAGAGUCCUGCGAGAUAAGGAAGUGUCCACGCGAUACUUCACUACAGUCUGCGUACGGCUGCUGCUGGAGAGCAAAGAGAGGAAUAUUCUGGAGUUCAUCCAAGACUUUCAGAAGCUGACGGCUGCUGAUGAUAAGACUGCACAAGUAGAAGAGUUUCUGCAGUCCCUCUAUGGAGCAAUGGCGCAAGACGUCAUCUGGCAGAAUGCUAGCGAGGAGCAACUACAAGAUGCACAGACUGCUAUAGAACGGAGCGUGAUGAACCGCAUCUUUAAGCUGGCUUUCUACCCCAACCAGGAUGCAGACAUACUGCGGGAUCAGGUGUUGCAUGAACACAUCCAAAGAUUAUCAAAAGUUGUUACAGCCAAUCACAGAGCGCUUCAGAUUCCAGAGGUGUAUCUGAGGGAGGCACCAUGGCCGUCUGCUCAGGCUGAGAUUCGCACACUCAGUGCCUACAAGACCCCACGAGAUAAGCUGCAAUGCAUCAUGCGAAUGUGCUCAACAAUCAUGAAUCUCUUGAGUCUGGCCAAUGAGUACUCUGUCCCCGGAGCAGACGACUUUGUCCCUGUGCUGGUGUUUGUGCUCAUUAAGGCCAACCCCCCCUGCCUCCUGUCAACCGUACAAUACAUCAACAGCUUCUACGCAAACCGACUGAGCGGCGAAGAGUCCUACUGGUGGAUGCAGUUCACAGCCGCUGUGGAAUUUAUCAAAACAAUCGACGACCGCAAGUAACCUAACGCACACUGGCUGUAUAAAGAGAAGAACAGAACCGUUGCGUAUCAGGAGCCGGCGCCAAGGACUCCUUGUAUCAUACUGUACAGAGAGAAGGGAGUGGUUUAACCCUUUCACUGCCUGGGGGACCUCAAGCAAAAAAAAAAAACUUAUAGGCUCCUCUGGCAAUGAAAGUUUUAAGCGUUUUCCACUUAUUUACUGUGUUUAAAAGAAAAAAAAAUAUUGCUUUAUUUUCAAUGGGAUGUUCCCCCCCCCCCCAUCCUAAAAAAAAACCCUGCUAGAAUCUGAGCACUUUCAACACCACCACGUGUAAUGCUGCAACAUUUUAAUAGAAAUCUUUACUAAACUGAGAAUAUCAUUUAUCUGCAGGUGUGGAUUUUUAUUUUCUUUCAUUUUCUUUCCUUAGAGUUCACCAACAGAAAAAAAAGGGACCACAAUUUUGAGUAUUUUUUUUUAGCAUUUUAGAACACUUAGUAGCAAAUAACACAUUGUUUUGGGAUUUUUUUUUAACAGUAGUGUAAUACAAUCGGGUCUAUAGGAUUCUUUGGGAAUAAUUUUAAAGUGGAAGAUUAAUCUGGUUUGCCAUCAAGCACGACAUGAAAAAAACAAACAUGGCAGCUCCAAUGUCACUGCAGGUCACUAUUUUAUAGGAUUAUUAAUAACAAGUUUGUAUUUUGCCAAGUAAUUUAUCUGUUACAGCUCCCGUCCAGUGGGUUUCUAUUAAAACGUUUGGGAAGGGAUUAUUACAGAAUGUAGAGGUCUGUUUCAUUAGCAAGUAUUCCAGUUACUGUCAGAUAGCGUUCUUAAAUAGCAGCACAAAUCUGUAUUUAAAAAUAACUUGAUAAGAUUCAACAUCCAUUUUUUUUCUUGUCACUACUGGGGGAAAAAAAUUGAUAAUCAAAUUAUUUCAGGAAUUCUGGAACUGCUGUGUUGUAAAUUGAGGAGUCGGCUACAUAGGGUCGCCAUUUGCUGCUGCAAAGGCAGCUUUUCUAUGUAAUUUAUGAAGUGUUACAAAAUAAAUGUAAAAAGUCUAAAGAUUAAUUAGGAAAAAAAGCCAUUGCAUGGCCUCAGAUCAAUUUAGACGAGCCUGGUAUCUCCUCGUGCUUGUCUUUUGUAUUAGAUUGGAGUUGCUGCUUCUGAUUAUAUAUUGCAAAUAUAUACUUUAUCAUUUGCUUUCAUAAAACCAAUUUUUUUUUUUUAUAAUGCAGCUGCAAAUGAGUUUAUUUAUUGAAGAAGCCGUUAACAUUUACUGGAAAACAAUGAAUUCUGUUCCAGCUAAAGACAAGGGUGGCUGUUUUUAACAAAACUUCAAAUCUGUUAUUUUUUUUAAUUAUUGAGCUAGAAAUCCUCUCUUUUUCGGUUGUUACAGUCCACGGCAAUAACUGCGGGCUCUUCAGAUAUCAGAAAUUGAUGUUUCCUGAGCUAAUUAGCAAAAUAGUGCCUCAUUUUAUUUAUUAGCUAUAUUAGACAAGAGUAUUAGUAUCAUGUGCCCGUGUUGGCAGAGCAAUAUGUGCAGCUGGCUGUAUACCUGUCUGAUGGGCACAACGCAGCCAUUUUUGGCUAUAUGGUUUUAAUGAAUAGACUUCUGGAACUGCAUAGUUUGCACAGGCAUGGAGGCAAAUGGGGGGACAAAUGGUACAAGAUAGGUUUGUGUUCAGCUCUAGUGACGUCUCACAAAGCAGAUCUCUGCAAAUGGCAGCUAACCCAAGCGCAUCUGCCAGUGGUAGCAGGACGACGAUUAAAUAACCACACUUUUUAGCACUGGUGACCUUUAUGGUAAUAAAUCAAAGACUGCAGUCCUCUAGUUCAGUGCUGUCAAAUAGAACUAAUUUUUAUGAGAUUGCUGCUUAAAAAACAAAAACUGGAAUCUGACGUCUUUGCAAAUAUCAAAUAACACCUUGACUGCUAGACUGCUGACCUCUCUGGUAGAGAGUGGGUUAAUUGCGCCCGUACAGAGCACUGCAUUGCUCUGGCAAAGGCUAUAGACUGAGAGGCUAAAUAUUCAGAACUGUACCUUAAAGAUCUAUUGUAUGUUAUACUAUAAGAUCUUUACCGAUCAGUAACACAGGUGAUGGGGAACCUCCAGCUGCACAGGGUUUACAUUUAGACAUAGUCUAUUCAGUAACCUUGCUUUUUUUUGCUGUAAAAUAUAUUCCUUUUUAAUUAUUCUUAUGAAAUAAAAACUGACAGGGGUA